CUAUCUCUCUCUCUCUCUCUCUCUCGUUAUCUCACUCUCUAUGAAACCAACCUCCUUGGAUUGAUUUCAGAUAGCACUAGCACACAAUCUUGCAAUGGUAAAGUUCGGAGCCUUAUCCUCUGCCACCCACACCACCUCCUAUACAACCCCCACCAGAGAAAAGAAGUUUCCCUCACCAUCAGCCAUGUAGCACCCAAACAAUGCACCAAGAAACACUCCACUUCCUCUCCACCGCCUCCGCCAAGUCCUCCUUCACAUCAUCUUUCUUCCAUCCUAAACCUCACCAUGGUUUCCCUUCACUUUCUCGCCCAAGAAACCCCCACUUCUCUCCCAUCUCUUCCAUCAAAGCAACCGUCUCUCUCCCACUCAAACCCCCCAAGACCCCAGAAAUCCUCUCCAUCUCCCCCCCAACUCACCCGCAACCCAAUUCCCAGUUCCAAGAGAAAAUGCUCUACCUCGACUCCAUUGGCCUCGACUUCCUCUCCCUCUUAAACCACCACCCUCCGAUCAUCUCCGCCCCUCUCUCCGACAUCAAAUCUACCGUCGAUUACAUGACUUCCCUCGGCUUCACCGCCAUCGAGCUCCGCCGAAUCGCCGGCAUGUGCCCCGAGAUCCUCGCCUCCCGAGUCGCCGACAUCGUCCCCGUCUUCACCUUCCUCCUCCGGGAGGCCCGCGUCAAGGGCUCCGAUCUCAAGCGCGUCAUCAACCGACGCCCCAGAUUGCUCGCCUGCAGCGUCAAGCACCGCCUCCGCCCCACCCUGUACUUCCUCCAGAGCAUCGGCAUCUCCGAGGUGAACAAGCACGCCUCUCUGCUCUCCGCUAGCGUCGAAGACAAGCUCAUACCCAGAAUCGAAUACUUCGAAAAUAUCGGGUUCUCUCGCCGAGACGCGUUGUGGAUGUUUCGGCGAUUUCCGCAGCUGUUCAAUUACAGUUUGAAGGAUAAUUUCGAGCCGAAAUUGAAUUACUUCGUGGUGGAAAUGGGGAGGGAUUUGAAGGAGCUGAAGGAGUUUCCGCAAUACUUUUCGUUUAGCUUAGAGAAUAGGAUUAAGCCUAGGCACCAGUGUUGCGUAGAGAAGCGUGUAUACUUUCCUCUCCCUGUGUUGUUAAAGGCGAGUGAGGCACAAUUCCGUAAUGGAUUGGAGUGAUUACGCACGUCGAAGUCAAACGUCCGAUUCCAGAAAUCUGAAAAAAGUCUUAAGGGUCAGAGUGGCACGCUGGUGGUAGCAGUGGAAUCACCUCUUAUGUUUAAGUUAGUGGAGGUGAAUUUGGGAAGAUGAAUAAGCAAAGAGCAGAGUAUAAGUGUAAGAACAAUGUACAUGCGCUAUGAUUUUUCUCACCUUUUGUAGAGGUUGUCUGUCCUUUGUCGGUAAAUGAGCCAGGUAAGGCAAGUGUCGACUGACACUAGGAUCACCUAUUGAAUGUGGUGUUUCUUCUUGAUUUUAUUUCAUUUUGCUCUUGGAUCCGUCAGCCUCUAUUCCUUACAGAGUGUGUUCGAAAUGGCAGGUCAUUUAAGGCUCGUUGCUAGCUUUACUUAGAGAGAAAAUCGCCAACCGACAAUUUUCUUUUUCUGCACAUCUUUGAUUGGUAGGUCAAUAAUUAAGAUGAUCGUGGUUCGCUACAGUUUGGGGCGUAGGCAAUGGGAGGGGUUCUAGUGUGUGCGUAGCUUGGUGAGCCCGGAUCUACUUUUGGGCUAAUGGGUUUUUGGUUUGGAUAUAAUUGGCUAGAGUUUCUUGAUUUGGCUAAAUGGAAGUUAGGUAGUAUAAAGGUUAAUGAAAGGGAUUUAGAAUUCACUUGUCUCAAGAUUGUGUAUUUGGAUAUCUGUUGGUCAUUUUCUUAGAUUUGCUGUAAAGGGAAUAACACCCUUAGGAGUUGCGAAUUUGUUGCAUAAUGUUUCUUUGCUUGCCUUAACAAUAAUGUCUUGUUUCUUUGCA